GCUACUCUCAGUGAUUUACUACUACAGCCUACCACACUGUCCCUGUUCACUGACUAACUCAAGCAGCUUCUACAGCAGAGUCCAACUUCUCCAUCCUCUCAAAAGGUUCAAGGAGAGUUAUUUUGCAACAAUAGCAGAAUUGUAAGUCUUCAAAAAAGAAGACAGAGGAAGAGAAAUAGACAGUGUUUGAGGAAGAGUGUCAGAGGAAGUCAUCAUGUCUCUAGAAGUGAAGGAGAAGACGGAGGUGCGUCUGGUGUUCCUGGGGGCGGCCGGCGUGGGUAAGACGGCCCUGAUCAGCCGCUUCCUCCAGGACACAUUCGAACCCAAGCACCGGCGCACUGUGGAGGAACUGCACAGCAAGGAGUAUGACAUCGGCGGGGCCAAGGUCACCAUCCACAUCAUGGACACCAGCGGCAGCUACUCCUUCCCGGCAAUGAGGAAGCUCUGCAUCCAGAACAGCGACGCUUUCGCCCUGGUGUACGCCAUCAAUGAUCCUGAGUCCCUGGAGGCUGUCAAGAGCCUGCGAGACGAGAUCCUGGCAGUCAAGGAAGACAAGUUCACACCCAUCGUGGUGGUCGGCAACAAAACGGACCGGCAUGGCGAGCGGGCGGUGUCCAGCGAGGAUGUGCUGUCCACCGUGGAGCUGGACUGGAACAACAGCUUCUUGGAGACGUCUGCCAAGGAGAACAACAACGUGCUGGAGGUGUUCAGGGAGCUGCUGCAACAAGCCAACCUGCCCAGCCGGCUGAGCCCCGCACUGAGACGACGCAGGGAGACCUUCCCCAAAGACGGCAACAAACGGCCCCCUAUGAACAAGACCAACAGCUGCCUCAUCUCCUAAGGCUGAGGGGCUGGAGGGGUCUGACAGAGAGACAAUGACAGACAGGGGCCAGAGAGGCUGAGGAUGGGGACCCGAAGCUGAGUCAGUGUUACAGACAGACACAGUGAUGUUGAAUGUGCUACUACUGCUGCUGCUAUGGACUGUGCUGCUGUGUUGAAUUCCCUGUAAGCCUCCUCAUCUAACCAUCACCACAGCAUUUCCAGUGAAGUAGAGGAAAGGGACACUGACUGUUAAAGGGGAACCAGAACUAAUGACAUCAAACAGGUGUGGGACAUUGAUAAAGCUGAAACUAAAUGAAAGAAGUGCAAGGACACUGAAUUACCUGAAUGUGGUGGUAUCAUUGUUAAAAAAAAUACUGUGACAGUGCAAAAGUGGCAAUGAACUUAUUACUUUGUCGAGUUUUCAAUCUAUGUCCAACUAUGUUACUGUCGUGUUUGCUUUUUGUAAGUGUUGACGGUGUUCACUUGCAAUAACUGAAGAUAUGGAGAGUUGCGGCUAAUUGUGCAAAAGCUGAAUUUGAACAAUGUGCCAUGGAGCUUUUAUUAAGUUUCUUUGUGACAAAUCUUUAUUUUGCUUGUCAUGGCAACAAAGCAUAGUAUGUUCUGAAUCAACUCUGGUUGCGUUCCUCAUUCUAUGCUACCAAUUUGUAGUUUGGCAAUAUUCAUAUGCACUUGGAGUUAUUAUUUUGCACAGAUAUCGUUUUUUUUAUUUGUACAAAAUGUGUUCAAAUAUAAAUUAUAUAAAGUGUAUUGUUUUUCUAUGACUUUGAGGUACAUGUGGAUGAUUAAAUCAUGUUUAUUCACCAAAACAGUAUAACAAAUAUG